AUGGGCACCCGGGUGCCGCCCGUUCCCAUGGAUCCCGCGGCCGCGGCGAAGUCCCGCCGCGACCGCCAUGACCCGGACGAGAUGGAGGGCCUCUUCUCCCGCAUGCUCUCCCGGACCCGCAACGUCCUCCCAGACCCGCCCGUCUCCGUCGACGGCCGCCUCUUCGCUCUCCUCCCCCACGACUCCGUCGACUGCAUCAGUCGCCUCCCCGACGUGCUCCUCGGCAACAUCGUCUCCCGCCUCCCAGUCAAGGAAGCCGCGCGCACGGCCGCGCUCUCCCGGCGCUGGCGUGGGGUCUGGCGCUCCACCCCGCUCGUCCUCGUCGACUCUCACAUCCUCCCCGCAGAUGCAGGCACCGCGGUCGCGCGCGCCGACGCGCGGCGCAUCACCUCCGCCGUCUCCCGCAUCCUCGCCGCGCACCCGGGUCCCUUCCGCUGCGUCCACCUCACCAGCUGCUACAUGGAAGAGUUCGAUGGCCUGCUCAGGUGCUGGCUCCAGAUCCUCGCCGACAAGGGCAUCGAGGAACUCAUCCUCAUCAACCGCCCAAUGCCGCUCGGCUGCCUUCUCCGCUCCACGUUCUUUCUCCCCUCCACGUUCUUAGGCAUGACCACCCUCACCUGUCUCUACCUCGGCCUCUGGAAGUUCCCCGACAUGGCCGGCGUCAAGCGCGUCACCUUUUCCCCUAACCUCCGUGAGCUUGGGCUCUGCACUGUCCUCAUGGAGAGCAAGGAUUUGGACUUCAUCCUCGACAGGAGCCCCGUGCUUGAGACGCUCUGUGUGGAAAGCAAUAUUUUCAAGCUUGGCCUUCGCCUUGUCAGCCAAAGCAUCCGGUGCGUGAAGAUCAUCCUAUCCUUCUUUGAGGAAAUCGCUGUGGUGGACGCCCCAUGCCUGGAGCGACUCAUCCUAUCAGGAGGUUGGACCAAAGACGGUGUCUGUACCAAGGUGAAGAUCGGCCAUGCCCCCAAGUUGCACUCGCUUGGAUACUUGGAUUCAGAAAAUCAUGUCCUAGAGUUCGGCAACACUGUCAUCAAGGCUGGGACAAAGACGAGCCCAAGCACCAUGGUACCAAGUGUGAGGAUCCUGGCUUUGGAGGUGCGUUGUGGAGUCCGCAGUUAUGCCAAGAUGAUCCCGACUGUCCUCGGAUGCUUUCCGAAUGUUGAGACGCUCCACAUCAUGUCUGGAGAAACUGGUCAACCCUCUGGCAAGCACAACCUUGAGUUCUGGAAUGAGUCUGGUACCAUAAAAUGCAUCUGCUCAUGCAUCAAGCUGCUGGUUUUCCAUGAUUUCUGA